UCUUAACGACGACCAAUGCUCAGCCAGGGAGAUCUCAGAAGGCUGCGGAUUGGCCGGCGCCGCGGUUGCCGAGGUGACGGGUGGGUCUGGUGGGGUCUGGUAGGGUCCGGAACCCGGGAGCAGAGCUGGGCGGGCGGGGCGAGGUGGGGCAGGGGCAAGGGGUGCCCAGCGGUUUCCGCCCGGCCCCGCCCUGUUUGGCCCUGCCCAGGUCUCCCCGGGUCUGCGGCGGGAGGGGGCGGUCCCCGUGCGUCCCGGGUCCCACACGCCCCUCGCCGGCCUCGCGCUCCAGGCGCGCCACCCUCCGUCUCCGUCUCCGUCUCCGCCCCCAGGAUCUGCGGCUGCCAGCUCCUGAGAGCAGCUUCCCUGGCCAGAGGCGCGAUGGGCUGCGGGAAUUCCACUGCCACCAGCGCGGGCGCGAGCCAAGGCCCUGCAGGAGCAGCUAAAGAUGUAACAGAAGACUCGAUAGCAGAAGAUGACAAGAGGAGAAACUACGGAGGGGUGUAUGUUGGUCUACCAUCUGAAGCCGUCAAUAUGGUAUCCAGCCAAACAAAGACGGUACGAAAAAAUUAGAAGAGAAUAUCAUGACUCAAUCAGCAAGAGCUUGCUCAUCAAGAUCUGGAUGGGAUUUCGGCGUCAUGGGACAUUGUGACGUGCACAGACAUUUCCAAGGAAAUUCCCAGUUUGUAGUUAAAGCCAUGGGUACAC